AUGUCUAAAAAUAAUAUGAGCCCCGAAGAGAAAUAUGAACUGAUUUCAAGGAAUCUUCAAGAAGUUUUGGGUCGGGAAGAAAUAUUGAAUAUUCUUAAGGAGAGAGAUUUAAAGCUCUAUUGGGGCACUGCUCCUACCGGAAAGCCUCAUAUUGGUUAUUUUGUACCCAUGUCCAAAAUUGCCGACUUUUUAUCAGCCGGUGUUGAGGUCACAAUUCUAUUAGCCGAUAUUCACGCAUUUCUUGAUAAUAUGAAAGCACCACUUGAUCUUGUAAAAUUUCGAACGAAAUAUUACGAAGUGCUUAUAAAAAAUGUUCUAGAAUCAAUCGGAGUUCCGAUCGACAAAUUAAAUUUUGUCAUAGGAUCCAGUUAUCAAUUAACGGAGAAGUAUAAUAUGGAUAAUUACAGACUUUGCGCCACUGUAACAGAACACGAUGCAAAAAAAGCUGGUGCUGAAGUAGUUAAACAAGUUGAAUCCGCAUUAUUAUCUGGAUUAUUGUAUCCAGGUUUACAAGCGUUGGAUGAAGAAUACUUGGGAGUAGAUGCACAAUUUGGAGGAGUUGAUCAAAGAAAGAUAUUUGUCUUUGCAGAAAAAUAUUUACCACACCUUGGCUAUAAGAAGCGUUCACAUCUUAUGAACCCGAUGGUUCCAGGGUUGACGGGAUCCAAAAUGUCAUCAUCCGAUCCAGAUUCUAAGAUUGAUCUUUUGGAUGAUGCCGCUGCCGUAUCCCGCAAAUUGAAAAAGGCCUUCUGCGAAGAAGGAAACGUGACAGAUAAUGGUGUACUUUCUUUUGUAAAGUUCGUUUUAUUUCCCCUCAGAUCACAUAAUGAGAAUACCCCUAGUUUUGUAAUAAAACGCAAUGAAAAAUGGGGCGGUAACGUAACUUAUACGGAUUAUCAAUCACUAGAAGAUGAUUUUCGCGAUAAGAAGAUUCAUCCUGGUGAUUUGAAAGCCUCGGUUACGGAAUCGAUUAAUGAUUUAUUAGAACCAGUUAGGGAAAAAUGGAAGAAUGAUCCCGAACUUCAAAACUUAAUUAGUCAAGCUUACCCUGAGCCUCAGAAAAUAUGA